CAGACUUCGACUCCCAGAUCUCCGUAAUUCACGACUGUAACCCAGCAUCCCGACACCUCUUUUCGUCGUCCGUCACCAGUCUCACCUCCACCCGAUCUUCGAUAAAUCUGCCAUUACUCUUGGCCGGCGAUUCCCCAGAAUACUACCGCCGACUUUGAUCAACAAACAACUCGACUCGGCCCCUUGACGAUCACCCACCGAUAAACAACACAUCUCGUUCAACAUGCCUGCGCCAACAGCACUUCGUCAGCCUGUCGAGGCUCCCACCGCCCAGAUUCCUAUCCAGACCGAGCAAGAGGACGAGCUCAUUCUCGAUGUCAACGAGGCCGUCAACCUCACCGAUCCCAGCGCCGCCGCUCCCCCUUCCAGUGACCAAGAUGUGCAGAUGGCUGUAGACGAGGAGGGCCGCCCCCGUUUCGCCCCCGGCCAGGACGUCCAGAUCAUUCGCCGCGCAGAGACCAGGAAAAUUGGUAUCCCGCCAAACCGCAUGUCGGCCCUCAAGGCCAAUUGGACCAAGAUCUACCCCCCACUUGUUGAGCACUGCAAGCUCCAGGUCCGCAUGAACAUCAAGGAGAAGCGCGUCGAGCUCCGCUCCAGUAGACACACCACCACCCCCGAAUCCCUGCAGAUGGGUGCCGAUUUCGUCUCCGCCUUCGCCAUGGGCUUCGACAUUGACGACGCCAUUGCCCUGCUCCGUCUCGAUUCGCUCUAUAUCCAGUCCUUCGAUGUCAAGGAUGUCCGUCAGACCCUCGGCCCCGAUGCUCUGGGACGUGCGAUUGGUCGUAUUGCAGGCAAGGAUGGAAAGACCAAGUUUGCAAUCGAGAACGCCACAAAAACCAGAAUCGUCCUCGCCGGCUCCCGCGUUCAUAUCCUCGGUGCCUUCGAGAACAUUGGCAUGGCCCGCGAGUCCGUCGUCUCCCUCAUUCUCGGACACCAGCCCGGCAAGGUGUACAACAACCUUCGGAUCAUUGCCUCGAGGCAAAAGGAGAGAUUCUAA